UCUCUUACAUUUCUCCCUCUCUCUCUACAUCUGCUUUCUCUCUCUCUAUCCUCCUUGUCUACGGCGGGAGGAACCGGUAUUUUCUAGCAUUGACUCGUCCCAGAAAGCACACAGCUCUGGCCAGUUAAUCCACCACCAGAUCGGGUGGUGGAGUUUGUGGAGGUGGGGAAUGUGUUGGGUUUUCAUUGAGGAAGGGUCAGGCAAUGGGGUAGGUGAGGAGCUAGGGUUUUGAUUAGUUACCCAAAUUUGAAUUCGGGUAAUGCUCUAAGGAUUUCUUCUGAUUAGAGAUUUCAAUUUUGGUUACUUGUGAGUAGGAAGUGGAUUGUGUAUCCUGAUUGUUCUCGGUUGGAGGGUCUGUGAGGAUGAAUUAUGGGGAGGGAUUUUUAGUUCCACCAGACAAAGAACUCCAGCUUAUGGGUAUGGGUUCUUGGAUACCAUUAACGCCACAGAAGCCUAUUCAGGCUAGGUCUAAUCUGAUGCCUGAGAGGCAUGGGAACCAAACGGGAAGUGUGAAGCCAGACCUGGCUUCAAAUCCGAUGACUGAGAUGCGUGGGAACCAAAUGGGAAUGGAGAAUUGGCAAGGCCUGGCAUCGAAUUCGAUGCCUGAGAGUCGUGGGAACCAAAUGGGAAGGGCAAAUUGGCAAGACCUGGCAUCGAAUCCGAUGCCUCAGAGGCAUGCAAAUCAAAUGGGAGAGGUGAAUUGGCAAGACCUGGUUUCUAAUCCGAUGCUUGAGAGGCAUGGGAACCAAAUGGGAAGGGUGAAUUGGCAAGACCUGCCAUCUACUCUGACCCCCGAAAGGCAAAUAGGAAGGGCAAAUUGGCAAGACUUGGCAUCUACUCUGACCCCAGAAAGGCAUGGGAACCAAAUUGGGAGGGCAAAUUUGCAAGAACUGGCUGGGUUUCACAGUAUUCGUGGACAAGAGGUGCCGAAUUACAACCCUGUUGAACAAGCCUUUAGAAAUGGAAGUUGUCAUGGUGACAGUGCAGGUUCCAUGGAGAGAUACAAUGGGGUUGUUCAGAAUUUCAGCCCUGUUGAACAAGCUUUUAGAAAUGGAAAUUGUCAUGGUGACAGUGCAGGUUCCAUGGAGAGAAACAGGCGGAUCAAUCAGAUUGCAGGUGCCCAUAGGCAGGCCUUCAUCGAUAACAGUGAUGCUCGUAGUAGUAUUGCAUUAGCAAAUUAUAUAGCACGUAGGAGUGCGGCUUCCAUUUCUUCUGCUAACAGAAAUCUGAAUGGAAACACGAGCAUAGGAACCGAGAGAAAUCUGAGCGGAAGCAUAAGCAUGGGAACCGGGCAUCUGAUUCCGAAUCCAAAUUCUCAACUUUCUGACUGGGGGGAUUCCAGCUUGACCAGUUUUUUGCUUGCUAACCGCUCACAGUUUUCUGGAAGAAAUCUGUCAACUAGCAUUAGCAGCAUACCUCAGAAUAACCAAUCAGGUAGAUUCCCAUUACAAUACCAACCUGACCACAAUCUAAACUUACUACCUAGAGCAGAAGCCGAUCAAGCUUCAUGCAGCACCACCUCAGUCCAAUUCACGCCACAAACACCAGAUGGGGCCAAGGUAGAGAAUAACAGGCUUCUGAUGAUUCAAAAUUUCUCAAUGGACAAAAACUCAAAUCAGCAAAAAGAGAAACAGAAGGAAAUAAUUAUUAUAGAAGAUGAAGCUGAUGAGCACAGUUCUGAUAGACUCUUACAUAACAUCGUGGAUUCAUCAUCUGCCAUUGCUUCUAUACCAUUGGAGGACAACCAAGGCUUUGAUCUUAACGAGACGCCCCCACAGAAACCACCCAAAAGAAGAAAGCACAGGCCCAAAGUUUUUGUAGAAGGGAAACCCAAAAGGAAUUCAAGUGCUGCAACCACAAAAAAUAGUGAGUCGAAGCAGAAACCAAAUGAAAAGAGGAAGUACGUGUGCAAGAAUGGCAUGAACCAAUCAGCAACUGAAGGUGCUUUUGUCAGAGUGGCUACAGAUCCACUGGAUGGAGCAACUGCAAAAUCAUGCAGAAGAACAUUAAAUUUCUCAUCAGAAAAGGCUGGAGAUGAAAAGCAGAUCAGCAUAGUGGGUCAAAAGGAGAUAAACCCCACAAAUAAGCAGGUUCCUGAUUUCAAUGCAGAUUUUCAAGCAAGAGAAUUUUCCUCUGGAACUGAUAUUUUAUGCAGAACUAAGUCAGCAUUACAGAGCACCCAGCAGGAUGCAAUCUUGCCACAAAUUCAGCAACCAGGAACCACUAGUAGCAUUGCCCCUGCUAUGAAACAAAUGCCAAGAAACUUCUUCUCAAUGUCAGAAGCACCAGGAUCUCUAUCCCAUCAACUCCCAACAAAAAGCAUUCAAACAGAAAACUCAAUAGUUGACCCACAAAUUGUUGAUCCCCGCCAAAAGAGUAGCAAAAAUGGAUUUCCUCCCAUACUACAAAUGCAUGCAGAACAAUUUGGGAGACUUUCACCUCAAGCAAGAGCUAUUUCUCCAAGCUCCGAAAGUACCAAAAUGUUGAUGCCGAAGAGUACCCUUCAUUCGGUACCAAAAUUUUCGUCCAAUUCAAAUCCAGCUGGGGGAUCUAAGAGAGCAUAUUCUCAUACCAUUGAGCAGACACCAUUCCAUGACAUAAAUACUACUGCUUCUUCAAUGUUCAGUCAUAAGACAUUCCAGCUUGAAGAUUGCCGCAGAGAGUCCAAUAUUCUUCGAGCAGGUUAUUUUGAGACCCACAAGAAGAAGAAAAUUGAGAAUGGAUUUCAAACAACAUACAAAAUGCCCUCAUGCAGUGCAGCAUUUGAAGUUACAGAAGGUUGGGGAGAACCUAAAACAAAAGGUACAAAUGACGAUCUUUAUGUGCUUUCUUCGCAGCCAAACCACGGAUUUCUUCACUCAAUAUUUGAAAGUGAGCAGCUGUUGAAGAGAGAAAACAAUGGGGUCAGCCUGAAUAACAGUAACGUUGAAUCUAUAACUUUCGGGAAAAUUUUGCCAAAGCAAAAUAUAAGAUAUGAACAGCAUUCAUGCAUGGAAAGCAUGGGAGUAAGCAGUAACAACUUUUCCAAGCUGACCACAAUUGACGAACAUCACCUGCUCCCACCAACUCUCCCCAGGAAAACCUGCAAUGUUAAUGUGUCAGUUAGACAGGAGACUCAGGAAUCUGCUCCAUCCCACUCAAUAACAAGGGUGCCACCCAAAAAGAAGGAUGCAUCGAGUGAUCAUCAUCAACCAUCCGCAAGAAGAAGAGGGCGACCAGUAAAGCAGACAUACCCCAUUUCAGUUGACCAAAUCAUAUACAGACUGAAUGACCUCAAUCUCAAAGAGAGGACCAAUGAAAGCGCAGGACAAGAGCAAAACGCACUAGUCCCAUACAAAGCAGAUGGUACCAUCGUUCCAUAUCAGGGGCUUGGAUUCCUCAAGAAACGUAAGCCAAGGCCAAAAGUGGACUUGGACCUAGAAACAAAUAGAUUGUGGAAUCUGUUGAUGGGAAAAGAGGGACCCAAAAGCCUGGAGGGGACAGACAGAGAUAAAGAAAAAUGGUGGGAAGAAGAAAGGAAAAUUUUUCGUGGAAGGGUUGAUUCAUUCAUCGCAAGAAUGCAUCUAGUACAAGGGGAUAGACGCUUCUCACAAUGGAAGGGAUCUGUUAUUGACUCUGUGAUAGGAGUUUUCCUCACCCAGAACGUUUCAGACCAUCUUUCAAGCUCCGCCUUCAUGUCUCUAGCAGCAAGGUUUCCUCUCAAGUCAAAGAGCGAUACAACCUAUGACAAGGAUGGAACCCAUAUAUUUGUUGAAGAACCAGAAGUUUACUGCUUGCAAAAUCCAAAUGAGACCAUCAAAUGGCAUGACAAUGCAUCAAGUCAACUCUGCAACAAAAGCUCUUCAACACCUCAUAAGAUGGCAAAAAAAUCAACGGAAGGUGUGACCCCAGUGAAAGAAGGAACAAGCUCAGUGGAGGCGGCUAGUCAUGCCGUAGAAGAAGUGAUAUCAUCACAAGAUUCUUUUGAUUCCUUGAUCAUCCAAGGAAUUCCAGGAAUCAGAUCAUGCUCAGGUUCUAACUCAGAAGCAGAGGAUCCUACUAUUGGGAGCGAAUGCAACGAGAUCCGUGGUUCAACCUUCACAAAUCUUCUACUGAUGGACAGCAACUCCCUAUUGGAUGAAUUCUUCAUUUUCGAAAAUGAGAGCUCACUAUUUCACGAGAGACCUCAUGGCCAGCAAUGCCCAAGAUCAGGACAAAUAGAUGACCAGAAGUGCAGCAACUCCAUACUGCAGAUGCCAGUGAUUCCUUCCAAUGAUUUGUUACACAUGACAUCAAACUCCGAGUUAAUGGGGAUAGAGGCUCUUGAGUUUUAUGAUGAAGAAAGCAUAUCUUCUUGGCGUUCAGCCACUUCAGGGGUCACUAAGGCAAUAGACGACAACAUUACAAGUAAAAGGGAUGGACAAGUCGCAGAAAGUGUAAGUAGAUCUACCGCCAGAGUAAAUAAACCUACACGAGUGGAAGACUCAAUUACAAAUCCAUAUGCCACAGUAAACAAGCAUCCAUUCCACCAACAAAGCAUCUCUGAAGCUUAUCAUGACAGUUACUUGAGUGAGAUGAGCAAGCCCUUGCACCUGGAGAGCACAUCAGUGACACAACCCAUAAACCUUGCUGAUACACUGUCUAAGGGGCAGACUGGUGGCACAGAGUGUAUCUCAAACGUCCCUGAGUUUCCAGGAAAAACUUUUGAUGUUGAGGGGGGAAUUUCUAAAGUAAACAAACAAAUUCGAGUGGAAAAUAAAUUGGUUGAACAAAAUUCUAGACAGAACGUACAUUCUACCGUUACUGGUCCUCGGAAAGCAAAAAAAGCAAAGGUUGAGCAUGAAAACAAUAAUGCAAUUGACUGGGAUAAUUUAAGGAAACAGGUGGAUGCCAAUGGCAGAAAAAAAGAGAAAAACAAAGAUGCAAUGGAUUCACUGGACUAUGAAGCAGUGAGAUGUGCUGAUGUCAAAGAGAUUUCAGAUGCUAUCAAAGAAAGGGGGAUGAACAAUAUGCUAGCAGAGCGAAUGAAGGAAUUCCUCAACCGAAUGGUCGCAGAACAUGGAAGCAUAGAUCUAGAGUGGUUAAGGGAUGUUAACCCUGACAAAGCGAAGGAUUACCUGUUAAGUAUACGGGGUUUGGGGUUGAAAAGUGUGGAGUGUGUGCGGCUUCUAACUCUUCAUCAUCUUGCUUUUCCGGUUGACACAAAUGUUGGGAGGAUAGCAGUUCGACUGGGAUGGGUACCCCUCCAACCAUUGCCAGAGUCACUUCAGUUACAUCUUCUAGAACUGUACCCAGUCCUGGAAUCUAUUCAGAAAUAUUUAUGGCCAAGAUUGUGCAAACUUGACCAACGGACAUUGUACGAGUUACACUAUCAGAUGAUUACCUUCGGGAAGGUUUUCUGCACCAAGAACAAGCCGAAUUGUAAUGCCUGCCCAAUGAGAGCAGAAUGCAGACACUUUGCCAGUGCAUUUGCAAGUGCACGGCUUGCACUUCCUGGGCCAGAAGAAAGGAGUUUAGCAAAUUCAGUUGUUCCCAUUACAUCUCAGAAGAACGCUGCAGUACUGAUUAAUCCUGUGCCAUUACCUCUGAUUGAGGAAAACUCCCUUAAAAUGGCACUGUCUGAUGUUGGUAGUUGUGAGCCUAUCAUUGAAGAGCCAGCAACACCAGAACCAGAACACAGUGAAAUAACAGAAAGCAACAUAGAGGACUCAUUCUGGGAAGACCCUGAUGAGAUCCCGACAAUAAAACUUAACAUUGAUGAAUUCACUGCAAGUUUGCAGACUUAUAUGCACGAGAACAUGGAACUUCAAGACGGUGAUUUGUCCAAGGCUUUAGUUGCUUUGAAUCCAGCAGCUGCUUCUAUCCCUACACCAAAACUGAAGAAUAUAAGUCGGCUACGGACGGAGCACCACGUAUAUGAACUUCCAGAUUCGCAUCCUCUCCUGAAAAGGAUGGAAAGACGGGAACCUGAUGAUCCUAGCCCAUACCUUCUUGCAAUAUGGACCCCAGGUGAAACCGCAAACUCUAUUCAAGCACCAGAUCAACAAUGCAAGUCCCAAGGACCGGACAAAUUAUGCAAUGAUAAAACAUGCCUUUCAUGCAAUAGCAUACGAGAAGCUAAUUCGCAAACAGUUCGGGGAACAAUUCUGAUACCUUGUAGAACAGCAAUGAGAGGAAGCUUUCCACUUAAUGGGACGUACUUUCAAGUCAAUGAGAUGUUUGCAGACCAUGAAUCGAGUGUCAAACCAAUUGAUGUACCAAGAGCAUGGAUAUGGAAUUUGCCUAGACGAAUAGUGUUCUUUGGAACUUCGGUAUCAACAAUAUUCAAAGGCCUUUCAACAGAGGGAAUUCAAUAUUGCUUCUGGAAAGGAUUUGUUUGUGUCAGAGGAUUCGACCAAACAACAAGAGCACCUCGACCUCUUUUAGCCAGACUGCACUUUCCAGCAAGUAAAAUGGCCAAGAAGAAAGAGGAAGUGAAAUGAGAAGCAGCAUGAUGCGAGAAAAAAUCUCAGAAAAUAUACUAACCACGCGUAUGCGAUCCAACUCAGUGCAGGAAAACGACUACAUACCAGAAAAUUGUUGUAGAUGAUCAUUCUUCCUCAAACUUUCAAUGCAUCCACCAUUGUAGUCUGGCCGAAAGCAUUUUUCGACAAAGAUCGUAUAGCAAGUGAGAUUUGGACUGUACAAGAACAACAGAUAUUAGUACAAUUAUUUCAAUUGAUGCUCCAAAUUGAGCAAUUGUUACCAGGAGGAAAAAAAAAUAAUAUUAGUCAAAUAAAGAAUAGAAGUUCCUUUAGGCU